AUGAGGGCGGCACUCCUUGCUCUUCUCCCUCUUUCCGUUUACGCUGGCACUGUUCAGCCUCCAGGGAUCCCGUUUAAGGCCCCAGUCACCGUCGCAACUGGCUUCACCGCACGCGUGUUAUUCUCCAACCUGACGACUCCAAGAGGAAUAACCCUUGAUGCGAACCAAAAUGUGCUGGUGGUCGAGCGUGGGCUGGGGGUAACCGCGUUCAGUCCAGCCCCCCGCUGGGGAAUCCAAGUUGAUGAUGAGGGGCAUUUGUAUGUCAGCACGGCCGGCCAGGUUCUGGUCUAUAGCUACGAUGCGGGCAGCAAAACAGUCUCGGGAGAAGCGUGUGUGGUCAUUAGCGGCAUUCCGCCUGACGGAGAUUUGACGACACAUACGCUGCAGCUUCAGAAAGAAGGCAAUGCUUUGAAGCUUCUCGUGGCCACCGGGCCACAAACAAACAUUGACCCUACCGCUCGCAAUCCUUCCUCUGGGCGCUCACAAAUCCGCCGUUUUGUGCUCCCAGCCGGAUGCCCGGCCACACCACUCGACUGGGCAACAGCGGAGAUCCUCGUAUAUGGCAUACGGAACCCAGGAGGGUUUGCCUUCCACCCUACCCUUUCCAACACCCUCUACGUGGUCGAGAACGGCGCCAGCAUCGACAACGUCACCGACUUAACGGCAGCAUUCGUCAACGACAACCCGGCUGAUGAAAUUAAUCGCGUUCAUUUAGGUGGUCAUUUGAAGUUUUUUGGCUUCCCCGAUUGCACAACCCUGUGGAACCCCACCGCGGACCCGACCGGCGACCCGCAAUAUACGACUUUGCAGCGGGGCGACCAGAUCAGCCUGAAGUUGCUGCCGGAAAGGGACGACGCGUGGUGUUCGGACCCGAAAAACAAUGUUCCGCCCGCACUCACGCUUCAGGCCCAUUCUGUCCCCCUGGACAUCAAAUUCUACCACCCGCCAAAAAAGACUACCGACAAGUCAUUCCCUCGGUCGCUCCAUGGCGACGCCGUGGUGUCUUUCCAUGGCUCUUUCAAUCGCUCCCCGCCAACAGGCUAUGGGGUCGUUCAUGUACCCUUCCCCUUGAGCGACACCUACGACUUCCUCAUUCAAGCGACAAACUUGACUUCAUGCCCGGGAAAAUGCAUUCGGCCCGUCGGCCUUGCAUUCUCCAACGAUGGGCGGCUAUUCGUGAGCAGCGAUUCCAGUGGCGAGGUGUGUUUGAACUGUUGUCCAAAGUUUGCUACUGAUACAUUUGUAAAUAGCUAUCAGCUUUCCCUCCGGCGGAACAGACGUGACAUUGAGCGGAUCGACAAUCGUGUACCGGUUUCCCUCUAG